AUGAAGGAUCGUUUGGAAGCGAUUGUGGAUCAGUUGAAGUCAUUGGGUUCACAACACGAAGACCUCAAACUACAACUACAAGAGGCCAGUGAUUUGCAUAACUUUCAGAGAGUCAGUCAAUUGCAAAAUGAAUUGGAUGUGAUAUCAACCCAACAAAUGCAACUCAUCAAUGAACAAAGCGAACUCAACAAACAUAUUAAACGCUAUGAAAGAAGUUUCGGUCGUUUUGACGACAAAAUAGACACGGAUGACACAGAAUAUUUCGAUGACCGCAUAGACUCGCAGUUCUCGUUGUACUCCAACUCGUCGUCUCCUUCAGUGAUUCACGACUCGCACCAAAACUCUCCGAAUAACGACUCGCAGAACAGCUCUUCGGAUGGAUUCUCGAAACUGCUUCCAACCAAGAAGACGGGCAAUUCUGUGGCCGCCAACCAUAUAACCAAACAGUUGGUUCAGGAGACGCUUAUGGAUGAGGGCCUCAGAGUUGUCAAGGAGUUGACGGAUCAGAUCAAAGAGGAUGGAAGUGGUGUCGAUUUGCGGGUCUUCAAUAAACUGUCGGACUCUCCGCGCACUUCCAACUCGUCGUCGAGCUGUACGGUGUCCUCGUCUUCGCCACAACUCGACCAACAGCGACACCUCUAUAAACCAGACACUCCCAGACCCAGGGGUAGACCACCGAAGCUCAUUGAUUACGGACAGCCGCAGAUAUACCAAAACCAAUUACUAACUCAAAGCCAUAAUAAUAAUCACAAUAUUCCGCAUCAAUUCUUACAAAGUUUCGUUUCAUCUCAUAUUCAGCAAAGUUUAGCCCAAACGGCCCUUCAGUUCAAUAUCAAUGGAUUCAACAACUGUUCCAAUAAUUCGUUGACUGACGACGAUAUCAAUGACGUGACCGACACAUCAAACGGUCAUUUCGGUCAACCGGACUCACAAAAGGGUGAUGUCUUGAGUUCGCCCACAGAUCUCUCCAAAUAUAACAACAAUUCCGCUCUCAUUAAUGGUUCCAAAGAUUGCAAUCUAUCGGUUGACUCAAACACAUUAAACUCGUUAAUCUCAAUGAAUGGCAACGGUAUUAGCAAUGAACUUCUUAAGCAGGAAACCCUCGAAUUGUCCGCAAAUUUAAUAUAA